UCCCGAGCCUCGGUUUCCGCAGGGACUCAUAAGCGAGGCCCUUGUCCGACGCACUUCCGGAGCGACGGAACAGAGGAAGCCGCGCUGGCUCCGAGUAAAGAGUCGGGGAAAUGGUGGUCACCAGGUCCGGGCUGUCCCGGACUGCACUCCAGGUCGCGUCAAAAAGCUCCCAGCAGAAGAGUUCUGCCCCUCAAGGAAUUGGGACACAUCUAGAAAGCAAGAAAGAAUCAGGAUCCGAUGACAGAAGUACUACUGAAUCACAGACUGCUGAGAAACAAAGUUCAGUCCUCUCCAGGAAGAGGAAAAGUAGAAAUACAGGCCCUCCGGCAGAGAUAGCUGAACCGGCUACCGAUGCAGAGGCCUCUGAGGCAGAGUCCCAUGCUUCAGGGGUUUCUUCUGUGUUGGAGGUCCAGGAGCCCAUUGUAAGAGUAACUAGGAAGAGGCAGGUUGUAAUUGCACCCACCCCAAAGUCCAGUGUUAGGAAAAGGCAGAAAAUCACCCCUCAACACGAAUCUCUCGAUGAAGGAGUUGUUUCUGACACAGAGUCUCAUGCUUCGGGGGUUUCCAUGAUUGUCCCUUCCACAGAAAGAAGCAGCAGAAGAAAGAAGGGUAAAUCUGAAACAGAGUCAAGCCAAGAAUCACAGGCAGAAGCUAUAUCUGAUGCUGAGUCCUCAUGCUCAGGCAUUUCCUCCUCUGGGGUUACAGCCAGGAGACCAGCCAGGGCUAUGCAGAAGAAAUUACAGGCCCAGGCUGAGAAGAAAGAUACUAAGGUUAUACCAGGAAAUAAAAAGCAAACCAUGGGUACAUCUGUGAAUUCAGAAGACUCGGAUGUUAGACAGACCUCUCAGUUACCAGCAAGACCACUUUCUCAGGUAAAUAGGCUGGAUUUCUCUAAUAAUGACUUCGAUGAUUCCAUCUACAGAAAUUCAGAAAAAAAACUAACAACACAAAACCACCAACAUUUGCAUAUACAAGAAGAAAAACAAGCCAGUGUUGCAUCUCUUACAGAAAUCAGGAAGGAGAACUGUAAGAGCCUGGAUGAAGAGGACACCAAAAUAAUAAACAAAAAAAAAAUGUAUGGGAAAGAUUCCCAGUUGAAUCUUUCUGAAGUUCAAGACACCCACCUUCAGCAGUCUGUUUCUCAGAAUCAUUCAAACACCCCGAAUAGUAAAGCCAUAUCACAGCCUUCAAGUCCACAUGGUGCGACUAUAAUGAAAUCAUUAGAGCACAAGUUUGCAGUUGUGAAAAUAGAAAGUUUGAAUGAAGAGGGAGCAGACAGCCUAAAAACGAGCGACUUGACACAAUUCAGUGAUCACGGGGAUAGUAAUGAAGAGCCCACAAGUGUAGAUGUCGGUGAAAACAACGGCCAAAGUGAUGUGGGUCCUGAAUGUGAUACCAAACUGUCCAAGUCUGAACUCAGCGUGUCUCAGGAUAUAGAUAGUUCUGUUUUACUGUUUCUUAGCAGUGAUGAAAGCCAACAGUCUGAAAACAGCGAGAAUGAAAAGGACACUGUGUGUCCUGUUGAAAACAGUGGCCAGAAGGAGUCGUCAAGUGGAGACUUGGAAGAGUCGGCAUGUGGUAGUGCACUGUUUGUAAUUGAUAGAACUCCUGGAUUGAGUGCUGAUAAAAAUUUUUAUCUGGAAGACAAGGCCUCGAGCGAAGUUGCUAUUGAGGAAGAAGAGGAGGAAGAAGAGGAAGAUAAUGAAGAAGAAUCAUCAGACAGUGAUGAAAAGAAAGACGAGUCUAGUGAUGAGGAAGACUUACUAAAUCACACAAAGUCUAAGCUUCUGAAGUUGACAAGCAGCAGCAUAGACCCUGGACUAAGUAUCAAGCAGUUGGGCGGUUUGUAUAUUAAUUUCAAUGUAGACAAACUGCAGCCUCACAAGAAAACCCUAACACAGAUCAAGGAGAAAAAGAAAACCGAGCUUCUGCAGAAAGCUGUCAUUACACCUGAUUUUGAAAAAAAUUAUUCUGUCCCUCCAUAUAGUGAAUCGAAGCAUCAGGUUCAGAAACAGCGCAGGAAAGAGCGACAAAAAACAGCUGGUAAUGGUUGGUUUGGCAUGAAAGCUCCAGAACUGACAGACGAACUGAAAAAUGACCUCAAAGCAUUGAAGAUGAGAGCAAGCAUGGACCCAAAGAGGUUUUACAAGAAAAAUGACAGAGAUGGUUUCCCUAAGUACUUCCAGGUUGGAACCAUUGUUGAUAAUCCAGCUGACUUCUACCAUUCAAGAAUUCCCAAGAAACAAAGGAAAAAGACUAUUGUGGAAGAGCUGCUGGCUGAUUCUGAGUUCAGGAGAUUUAACCGAAGGAAGUAUUCGGAAAUCAUGGCUGAGAAAGCAGCAAAUGCAGCAGGAAAGAAGUUCCGGAAAAAGAAGAAAUUUCGCAAUUAAAAUCCACAAAGCGCCGGGCGGUGGUGGCGCACACCUUUAAUCCCAGCACUCGGGAGGCAGAGCCAGGCGGAUCUCUGUGAGUUCAAGGCCAGCCUGGUCUCCAAAGCAAGUUCCAGGAAAGGCGCAAAGCUACACAGAGAAACCCUGUCUCGAAAAACCAAAAAAAAAAACAAAAAUCCACAAAGCAAACCCAGCAUUUUAUAGAUCUCCUUUAUUUGCUGGUCAUCACAUAAUUUAUAUAAAUAAUAUAUAUAUUUAGUGAUUUGUUUGUUAAUAAAGCUGACAAAAUCAA